UGCUAAUUUUGAUCGAAUCAAUACUGCAGAGUUUGGAUUUGAUCUGUAGUAGCUCAGUUGAGCCCCGAAAGGGAGGACGGAGAUCAACAACACACUAGACAUAGUUUUCCGGGGGCGUCGGAGGGUCGUCGGAGAGAGAGAGCACACAGCGGCAGCUGCGGCGGUGGAAGAGUAGACGGAGGAAAUGUGGUGGCAAGGCGGAGGAAAUGGAGGAGUAUUGAAGACAUUCGUAAGAUAUAUGUCGAAUUCAAGGAAGCGGGCGCCCAAUCUGAGGAAGAUCAAUCCGAAGGUACCGCAGCAAGAGGCUGCCUCCAUUGCCGAAGCUCUUUACAAUGUCAUAAGGCAACACGGCCCUCUCAGUGUUUCCAACACUUGGAACCACGCUAAGGAAGCUAGUAUCAAUGGAUUGAACAGCAAAACACACAUGAAGAUAAUGCUGAAAUGGAUGAUGGGUAGACAUAUGCUGAAACUAUUCUGCAACCACGUUGGCUCCAACAAGAAAUUUUUUCUCUCGACAUUGCCUGAAGAGCCUCACAUCAAGCAAGCAAUCGAGGCCAUGGAACUGAAAGCUAAGGCGGAAACUCCAACCAAAAGUAGAAAACGUACCCGUUAGUUCAAUUUGCCUGCUGUUAAGGAACAAUUCAACCAGAAUAAUAUAUUUGAAUGCAGCAGAUAUAUGAGCUGCAUUCAAUCUGGAACUCUUAAUCAAUCCUUUUUGUGUUCCAAUGUCGCCUUAGGGCUGAUUUAGUUCUGUUUUCUUGCUUCUAUUUUAGAAUAGUGUGGAAAAAGAAAAUUGUAAGAUAAUAUGUAUUGUGCCUUUGUUGCUCUUGGAUGCCUUCCAAUUGUGUUCUA